AUGACAGAUACAAGAUCAAUGGCGAGAUCCACCAAGUUAACGAUGAGUCCAUCUGAAUUACCGAUUCGCAGGUUUAUAAAGAACAGCCAGAGAGUAAAAAGAAGACCAUGGAACAACUACCGUAGACUUUACGGUCAAAUUAUCGCAAAUAAGCAAGCUUUAGAGAUUCUUUGA